AAACUACAAACUUCCGUCGACUUCCAUACCUCACGACAGGCUCACAUGUUGAUGACGUUUACAUAUCUGACAGUAAAAGAAAAAGGCCCAACCCUCUCUAGUUUUGUCAUCAGUGAAGCUUCUUAAGAUGGCUCCGUUACCAUACGUGAGAGUCGCGCUCCUGGUGGGCUUUUCUGUACUUUUAACCCUUGUGUUGGGCUUUGGUCUACCAGCAGCACUCAACUUUCUAGCGAGGUGCUGUGGUUUUUCUGACGCCAGCGUGACCGAAUGUGUUGUAGUAGUGUAUUUAUUAUUCAUUUUGUAUGUGGCAGUUCCUCGAUUACCAAGGGGUACGGUUAAGAUUGAGAGCAAAGCCGUUUUCAUUACCGGCUGCGACAGCGGAUUUGGUCAUGCGUUGGCGAAACACCUUCACAAAAAAGGAUUCAUUGUGUUUGCAGGAUGCUUGUUAAAGGAGAAGGAUGGGGACGGGGCAAAGGAGCUGCAGGAGAUGCACUCCGAGCGGAUGAAGGUGCUACAGCUGGAUGUAUGCAGUGAUGAACAGGUGGCCAACGCUGUAGAGUUUGUGAAGGCCAAUCUGGAGGAUUCAGAGAAAGGUCUAUGGGCCCUGGUGAACAAUGCCGGUGUUUCCACCUUCGGCGAGGUGGAGUUCACUUCCAUGGAGAACUACAAGCAGGUGUCGGAGGUCAAUCUGUGGGGUACCGUCAGGACCACCAAGGCCCUGCUGCCACUCAUCCGAAGGGCUAAAGGGCGCGUGGUCAACCUGGCCAGCAUGUACGGCCGCAUGGGCAACGCACUGCGCUCGUCCUACUGCGUCUCCAAGUACGGCGUGGAAGUCUUCACUGACUGCCUACGCUACGAGAUGAAGCCCUGGGGGGUCAAAGUGGCAUUAGUAGAGCCGGGGAACUUUGUGGCAGCCACCGGCAUACUUUCACGCGAACUAGUGGCUGCCACUGCGGACAAACUGUGGCGAGAGGCGCCCCCUGUGGUCCAGGAGGACUAUGGCAAGGCCCACUUUGAUCAGCUUGUGGCCCUGAUGCGCUCCUACUGCGGCAGUGGCCAGAAGGAUGUGGCCCCUGUCCUCGAGGACAUCACCGACGCCAUCGUGUCCCAGCGGCCUUUCACACGGUACAACCCCAUGGAGCCUCACUGGUGGAUCCGUAUGCAGGUCAUGACCCACCUGCCUGCCGCCAUCUCUGACAGACUGUACUUCUGAGGGUCAGGAACCCCCCCACCUGCCUGCCGCCAUCUCUGACAGACUGUACUUCUGAGGGUCAUGAACCCACCUGCCUGCCGCCAUCUCUGACAGACUGUACUUCUGAGGGCCAGGAACCCACCUGCCUGCCGCCAUCUCUGACAGACUGUACUUCUGAGGGUCAGGAACCCACCUGCCUGCCGCCAUCUCUGACAGACUGUACUUCUGAGGGUCAGGAACCCCGUUACAUUUACAUUUA